AUGAAUGACGCUAAUGCCAAUCCUACAAGGUUGCAGGCGACCAGGUUGGUUUUGGAAUAUGGGCCAGAAGCAGUAUUAGUAAAUGGAAAAUGGGCUAGCAGCCCACAAUUCAACUUUCCUAGACCUGGAGAAGAGAUGAGAAGAGAAGCCCGGUUGGAAUCAGUGGCGGCUGCGGAGCUGAGAGUGGAAGAAGAAGAUGAAGAUGUUGAUAGUGAGGAGGACAUCCCAAUUCUCAAGUUUCCUUCAUCUCUGCUCUCUCUUGACCUCCCUGACAUUUGGCCUCCUCCUCCUGCUCCAUCAACCCCACCAAUUAUUAACUGCUACACACGUAAUGAGAAGGUUCCUGCUGCUCUUUUAAUUGAUGGAAAGUUGAUUGCGGAUGAAAUAAGGUUCAGAAUUGCUGACCAAGUUAGGACGAUGAAGGAUUCCGUUGGAAAAGUUCCUGGCUUGGCUGUAAUUCUUGUGGGCAACCGAAGGGACUCUCUUACUUACGUUCGAAACAAGGCUAAAGCUUGCGAGGAUGCUGGAAUCAAGUCUCUUGUCACUCACUUCCCGCAAGAUUGUAAACAAGAUGAUGUUAUUCAUGCUUUGUCCACUUUUAAUGAGGACCCGUCUAUUCAUGGUAUUCUUGUGCAGCUUCCUCUACCCCAACAUUUGGAUGAGGAGAAGAUUUUGAAUGUGCUGAAGUUAGAAAAGGAUGUAGAUGGCUUCCAUCCACUCAAUAUGGGGAAUCUUGCAAUGCGAGGAAGGGAACCGUUGUUCAUCCCAUGCACCCCAAAGGGUUGUAUUGAGCUACUAAUCAGGUCAGGUGUUGAAAUCAUGGGGAAAAAAGCUGUGGUUAUUGGGAGAAGCAACAUUGUUGGACUGCCCACAUCUUUACUAUUGCAGAGGCAUCACGCAACUGUCACCAUUGUACAUGCAUUAACAAAGAAUCCAGAACAGAUUUCCAGGGAAGCUGAUAUUGUCAUUACUGCUGCUGGGGUGCCCAAUCUGGUCCGUGGCAAUUGGUUAAAGCCAGGUGCAGUUGUUAUUGAUGUAGGAACUUUCCCAGUUGAGGACCCUAGCUGUGAGAAUGGUUACCGUCUCAUUGGAGACGUUUGCUAUGAAGAGGCAUCGAAGGUGGCAUCAGCCAUUACCCCUGUGCCUGGAGGAGUAGGACCCAUGACAAUUGCCAUGCUACUCUCAAAUACUCUGGAGUCUGCCAAGCGGGCUUAUGACUUCACUUGA